AUGUCUGAGCAGACAGACUUCCCCAAGGUUGCUGGGGAGAUAUCCUCCUUUGAUGAGGACAGUAGUGAUACUCUCUCUCCUGAGCAGCCCAUUGGUCAGGAGUCUCCGCUGGGCCACGGCCCUCUGCCCUCUCCCCCUGACGCCCUAGCUUGCAACAGCACCCCCACACAGUUUCUCACUCAGGUUCCUCCGCCACCCCCUCCUCUUCCUCCCUUCUAUGGGCCCUGCCAACCAGUGAAGUUGARCAAUGGGACAGCAGUUCUGAGAACCRCCCCUGCACUGAUCAAGUCYCAGCCAAAGCCCACCUCAGAGCGCCCCCYUCAGCGAUCCAAGAAGCCCAAGGACAACAAGCCCAAGGUGAGGAAGCUGAAGUACCACCAGUACAUCCCCCCGGACCAGAAGGCCGACCACGAGCCGCCCCCUCAGCUGGACUCCACCUACGCCAAGAUCCUCCACCAGCAGCAGCUCUUCCUCCAGCUGCAGAUCCUCAACCAGCAGCAGCAGCACUACAACUACCACACCAUCCUUCCUGCACCGCCCAAACCACUAACAGAUCAACCACCUCCCACCAAUGGCCCCUCUCCUUCUCCGGCCKURCCCGCCCCCUCGACAUCCUCCUMCAGUCAAAGUGCACCRAGCCRGCAGAAUGUCACACAUGUGGGAGGGGCCACASCAGGUUGUUUGCCUCCUAACCUGGACGACCUGAAGGUGGCUGAACUGAAGCAUGAGCUCAAACUGCGGAGCUUGCCUGUAUCAGGCACCAAGAAUGACCUCAUCGAGCGGUUGAGGAACUACCAGGCUCAGCAGAACAGUCGUGGUGGUGGUAGUGCAACAACUACAACAGCAGGGGGUGCCACAGUGUCUGGGGCUGGAGCUCCCAAAACCAACCACCCAACACAACAACAACAAAAACAACUACUACUACUACAACAGCAGCAACAGCAACUUUCCCAACACCAGGCCCUGUCCUCUGUGGUCCACCAAUCAGGAGAUGCAGGUGUGGUAACCUUGGCAACCUUCCCGUUCAUGACCACUGCUCCACAGCAGAUCAUGCACUUUGGCAGCACUAGCUCCUCCCCGCCUGUCUCUCCUGCCCCCUCGGAACGCUCGCUAGCUGGGAUGAGUCCAGAUGAGACGAGCUGUAAUGGAGACGCAUUUGGGGAGAUGGUAAGCUCUCCCCUCACCCAGCUAAGCCUCCAUCCCUCCCCACAGCACCGUGGCACUAUCAAAGAGGAGUUGAGUGGCUCGGCCCCAACAGCCUGCCAGUUCUCCAUAGCUGCUCUGCAGAAACGCCUGCAAGUAGCACCCCCGUCUGUGAACAAGGACCAGAUGCUGCAGGAGAAGGACAAGCAGAUCGAGGAGCUGACGUGCAUGCUAAGGCAGAAACAGCGGCUGGUGGAGACCCUGCGCGUCCAGCUGGAACAGGGCAAKAGAGGGGGCCGGGACGCCCCCCCAGAAMCCCUGGGCCUUGUCAGGGUGAAGGAAGAGCCCCCAGACAUCCCCAGCAUCCCCUCCACAUUUUGCCCCAUUGCCCGCUCCCCGACCCCUUCCCAGUGCCACAUGGAGGUCACCAAGAUGACCAUCAAGCAGGAGGUCGGGGAUGUGGAAGAGGCCGUSGAGCCGUCCUUGGAAGCCCCACCUCAGCAGGUGCAGCUGGAGCAGAUCCAGGCACAGCAGCGGUCGCAGCUGGAGCAGCUGAAGGUGCAGCAGACGCAGCAGAUCAACGCGCUGCAGCUGGCACAGCAGCAGGCCYUGCAGCAGCUGCUCCUACAGCAGAACCAGCAGAAUMUGCAGAAACACCGCUCACAGCAGAGGAAGAAGAARUCCCACAAGCAACAGCUCAAGCAGCAGCAGCAACAGCUACUGUCCCAACAACAACAGCAGAUACAAUCAAAGAACCAACAGCUGUUACAGUCAAAGCAUCAACAUCAGCAGAUAUUGCAGGAACAACAGCAGCUGAAGUCACAACAGGUGUCUCAGAUGUUCCUCAAUCAGCAGUCGCGCUCCACCACUUCCUUCCCCUUGGAUCUCCUCAAGACACACUCCACACCUACCCUGGUGACAGACAGCAACGGCAACCAUUUCCUCAUCGCACUGACCAAUCACUGUGCCGAGAACCAAGGGAGUGAAACGCCACAAGGCACUCCACAUAGCAAAGCAACCAAUCGCAUCAUACUGCAGAGACUGCAGUCAACUCCCACCAAGCUGCCCAGCCAAUCCCCUCUUCAGUUGUCCAGCAGUGACACCCAAUCAAAACCGAAAACUCAACCAGGCCUUGUGAAACAGCCAACCAGAAAGGUAAGGGAACGUUUCGGGCAGAAGGUGGGGCUGCAGGUGUCAACCAAUCACUCCCCAGGGGUCGCGCUCUCCUUCUCUGCCCCGCCCAAUCUCCAGCCUUUCUUCCCCAAUGAUGACUCCUCCCCUUCUGAAAAAGACGCCUCCCCCUCUCCUCCAGCUCAAACGGAGGAUUUGAGUCCAGGUCUUGACCAUGAACCCCUGUUCAGCCCUCCUUCUCCCAAACAGACGCCCUCCCCUAACCCACCGGAUGACAAGGAUAAUGGAUCCACCCAGCAUAUGGACGACCUCUUCGACAUCCUGAUUCAAACAGGAGAAAUCUCAGCCACCUUCAAACCAGCGCCCGACCCUUCCCUGGCGCGACUGCGCCCCAACACCCCUUCCCCUUCCCACUCUCAGGCCCCCUCCCCUCUCCAGCUUCAACUCCACUUCUCGCCCCCCACCCCUCCCGAACCCGAGACCCCCAAGCCGGGCCCAGGGGAGGAGGAAGAGCUGCAGGCGCCUGCCACCGUUGAUCAGGACGUAAGCAACACAGGAAGUGGACGUCUGGAGGACUUCCUGGAGAGCACCACGGGCAAACCCCUCCUGGGGGUGGAGCCUGGCGGGCCCCUGACCCUGAUUGACGACCUUCACAGUCAAAUGCUGAGCACCCCCAGCAUCCUGGACCACACAUCCUCGCCCAUGGACACCUAUGAGCUGUCGGGCUACACGGCCAACCCCCCUGGCCUGAACUUCGGAGACCAUGCCCUGGACAGCAUGGAUUGGCUGGAUAUCACCAUGGGAGGGGCGAGCAACGAGAUUGCAGGGCUCGCCCCACUGGGUCCCCUGGGCCCCCACACGCCCCCCAGCGUCUUCUCAGCGGACUUUCUGGACAGUUCAGACCUGCAGCUCCACUGGGACUCCUGCUUAUAGCCCUGGACCGUCUUAUUGUCAUCCACACGGAUAGAUGCUGAUGUUACGUUGUCAACUCUUUCUCUCUUUUCUCAACGCACGGUACAACGACUCAAAAACACACUGGCUCUACUGCACUCUGAACUCAGUCCCUCUUACUGACUAACACUUUGAUAGAUGUCUUAUGUGUAUACCCUUACGUUCUAUAAGGCAGGCCCUCUUACACACGUAGCUUAUACAGCAAUACCUUUGUUAACAAACCCUGUGGACCGUAGUUGAUGAUGCUCCAUCUGAGCCAGUCAGCAGCUUACCGUAGCUACCGAUCUGGACUAUUGUCUACGUUUAUUAUUGCCCUUAGUACUAUUAGUAAUACUAUGGAGAUAUUGUAACAAUGUUGAACCAGUAAUGUGAGAACAAGACGAUAAUCACGUCUGUCUAGCAGCUUUAGGGUUAAAAAACCACAACCUACUUAUUUUCAUGAGAACUUUAGAGGAGAUGAUCAGGGAAGCCAAGGUGAAGGAGAAUCAAGUAGCUAUUUGUUAGCAUGAAUGCAUGCAGGAGUCAGACCGUGGCUCCAGUGUAGCGGUCUGGUGACCGCAGCUCUGGCUGAGUAGGAGAACUGCAGGAGGAGCCUGGUACAGAGGAGAGACACACAGACGGUGAUAUUUGACUAUAAUGUAUUUUUGCCCAUAAUAUGGGGUGUAUUUUGGAAUAUAUUUGAAAAUGCCAGGAAACAUGAUUUCGUGUUUUAGAACACGUGGUCUUACUCUCUUAGCUUUAAUGAUAUUGCUCUAGAACAUUAUGACAGACGUGAUAGGAUUUUAUAUAUUUGAUAAAAAUGAGAACCUGCUUUUUUUAACAGCGGUAUUGCUGCUACGUAGUGUACUUGAUCUCCCUUGGACGUAGGUUCAUUUUCAUAGACGCGCUGAACUAUAUGUCAGCCAGUACUGUAGCUACAGUAAGUUAGGGUUAAGAGAUUGCAAAGAUGGAAAUGUUUUUCAUUUCAACCUAUAUAAGCAAUUAAGUAUGCGGAGAUGACGUGUUUCGUGUAUACUGUAGUCCACUCCAUCAAUUAUAGUGAUGCCUGCUGAACCAGGAGCUGCAUUGGUGAAUCACGAAUGCUGUGUUAUUAUUUUGGGUGCCCCUUAACAUCAUGACUGUAUUAUUAUUAAUGUACUGUAUCAGUACCUUUGCCAAACAUUUUUUUAAUAGUCCUCCCUAUAAAUUCUUGCUGUGAUAUACCAAUUWAGACACUGAAAAUGUAUUAUAAUGCACAGUUAUUUUUUUGACUUGACUCUAUUUUAGGCAAUGGAGCACUACGAAGUACACGGUUUACUGUGACAAAUUCUGUCAACAGUGUGAACUCUGUAUCCAGAGUUAGAAAACCCCUUUUUUUUUUAUUUAACCUUUAUUUAACUAGGCAAGUCAGUUAAGAACAAAUUCUUAUUUACAAUGACGGCCUA